AUCUCCAUUCAGACGUCGCAAGUAUGAGCAGAAACCAAAUCAGUCGAGGACAGAAAUCACAGAGUAGUUUGUUUCAUAUCAGGAAGACGAGAAGGUUUACAUAACGUGGUGUUAUAUUUCAGCAUGGUGGACAGUGUUUACCGCACACGUUCUCUUGGUGUGGCUGCAGUCGGUCUUCCUGAUCAAUAUGCCGACGGGAAAGCAGCGAAAGUGUGGCAGUUGUACAUCGGUAACACUCGGAGUAGGACAGAGGAGUAUAAGAGUUGGGUGCUGUCCCUGCUCAGAGAACACGGGGUUCAGAUGGUGCUGGAUGUUGCAUGUGGCACAGGGGUGGAUUCCAUCAUGUUAGUUGAGGAGGGAUUCAAUGUGGUUAGUGUGGAUGCCAGUGACAAAAUGCUCAAAUAUGCUCUUAAAAAGAGAUGGGAGAGAAGAAAAGAGCCAUCCUUUGAUAACUGGGUAAUUGAGGAGGCCAACUGGCUUACAUUACCUGAAGAUGUUCAGAAACCUGGAGAUGGAUUUGAUGCUGUUAUCUGCUUGGGGAACUCAUUUGCUCAUUUACCAGACUUCAAAGGGGACCAGAGUGAUCAGAAGCUUGCCUUGCAAAACAUAGCCAGCAUGGUAAAACCCAAUGGUAUCCUGAUCAUUGACCACCGUAACUAUGACUACAUCCUUGAGACUGGCCAAGCGCCCCAAGGAAAGAAUAUUUACUAUAAGAGUGACCUGAAACAGGACAUCUCCACAUCGGUGCUGUGGGUUAAUAGCAAACCUAACAUGAUCACACUGGACUACACCCUGGUUCUGCCCCAGCCAGAGGGCAUUCAGACUCUGCCUGAGACAAGUAAAUUCCGGCUGUCAUACUACCCCCACCGUCUGGAGAGUUUUAAGGAGAUUUUAAGAGGAUCAUUUUUUGGAAAAUGCAAACACAGUGUAUAUGGUGACUUCAAGCAGUACACUCCAGGGCAAGAAGAGGUGCCCUGUUAUUUCAUCCAUGUCGUUCAAAAGACUGCUUAAGGCCACACAUUUUCUGUCAUUUCCCCUUCACAUAGAAAUGAUGUUUUCGUGUACUCCACUCACAUAUUUGCUGUUGUCUCGUUUGUUUAAACUUUAAUCAAAAUAAAGAACCAAAGUGCAAGAUGCAAA